ACUCAAAACGAAUCCAUUUUUAGGAGAAUAAAAUUAACUUUUCAUAGGAAUUAAAUAAACGAAAGCCAAAAAACUGACACAGAAACUGAGAAUUAUUCCCAUUCUCCCGGCUCUUUCUCUUACAUACUUCAACUGCCUCAAAAGUUUUUGCAGUAUUGCCCAAGCCAAGGAUUAUACACCAACUAAACAUUUUCGUCAUUCGGGCAAUCCAAGAUGGAGUCACGCAAGGAAGGUUAUAGAGGCUCAGGAAAGCAGAAAAAGGUCAAAAUUGUUUUUGUUAUAGGUGGUCCAGGGUGUGGUAAAGGCACGCAAUGCAAAAGAAUAGCACAACAGUUUGGCUACACUCAUCUUAGUGUUGGUGAGCUUCUACGUCAAGAAAUCAAUUCUGGUUCUGAAACUGGCUCUAUGAUUCAGAAAAUUAUGAAGGAGGGGAAACUUGUUCCUUCAGAUGUAACAGUGAGGCUUCUUCAGCAAGCCAUGCAGGGAAUGGACAACGACAAAUUCCUUAUUGACGGCUUCCCCCGGAGUGAAGAGAAUGUUAAAACAUUUGAGAAUCUUACAAAAAUGGAGCCUGAGUUUGUCCUUUAUCUAGAUUGUCCACAAGAUGAAAUGGAGAGGCGCUUGCUCUCAAGAAACGAGGGAAGGGAGGAUGAUAACAUCGAGACAAUAAGGAAUCGAUUUAAAGUGUUUUUGGAGUCAACUCUCCCAGCAGUUAAAUAUUAUGAAUCAAAGGGGAAAGUUAAGAAGGUUGAUGCUGGAAAAUCUGUUGAUGAGGUUUUUGAGUCCAUCAAAGCUAUUUUCUCUCAAGGAAAAGAGGAUAAGGUGACACCAAGCAGACACAACCACAAAUGCUCGAUACUUUGAUCGGAUAAGCCUCAAAGCGUGAUAGUAUACAUAAACAUUUGCACAUCGGUGUAGUGUAAUUUAACCUGUUGUAGCAAGUUAUCUGGCUUAUUUUCAAGUUACUAAUCCACGGUAACCUAUAGUCAAUCAUCUUUGGUGACCUGAAAGAUGACCUGAUAGUGCAAAAUGUCAAAUGUAUACAAAGUAAACUAUUUACUGUGUGAUAGAUCUAUCGUUUCUUGUUAAGGUAAUAAAAAGUCCUUUCUAGUCA